GGAGGCGGAGAGAGCAGGCAUGCUCACACGCCUCUCCUCUAACUCAACAUGCACACACUCUCUCUGCUUCCUGCUGCUUUAUGGAGGUUUCUGAGCUUUCGUGAGAAAAUGGAGGGAAAGGCUGAGCAACAAGAUGCUGGUAUCACUCUCCAUCUCGAUGAUGUUCCUCCUGGUGGUCAACGGCGAGCCGCCCCGGACCUUCAGAGACACAGACCCCAGGACCGGCAGGUCUUUGGAGUGUGAUCGUUGCCCCCCUGGGAUGUACCUGCAGGCACGCUGCACCGAGACGCAGAAGAGCGUUUGUGCUCCAUGUCCCGAAGGCUCGUUCACGGAGCUAUGGAACUACAUUGGGAAGUGCCUUCGCUGUGGCGUCUGUGGACACAAUCAGGUGGUGAAAACCAAGUGCACGGCGGAGAGAGACUGUCAGUGCGAGUGCAGGAAGGGGUACUACUACAAGAGGAAGUACGAAAUGUGCCUGAGCCACAGCGAGUGUCCGACCGGACAUGGAGUCCUCACUGAAGGUACAGCCGAGGAAGACACCGUCUGCCAAAUUUGUCCUAACGGGACGUUCUCUGACACCGUCUCCACUCAUGAGAACUGCACGCAGCACAAAAGCUGCCACGCUCCGGGGCUGAUGCCGGUCCUGAGGGGCUCCACAUGGCACGACAGCGUGUGCAUGAGCUGCAGCGAGUCUGCAUCCAAAGACGGCGCUGACUACCUCAGAGAAAUCAUCCCCUCCUUCUUCACUCAUCAGAAAAUGCCAGUCAGGAGGCUGCGUCAGAUCCUGCGGAAGCUCCCGACAGAAAACGGUAAAAGGCACGAAGCAAUCUCAAGUCUUCAAAUGCCAGAACUCCUCCAGAGAAUCAACGCCUGGGUCGCCUCGUCCCCGGCGGAGCAGAUCAGGCAGCUUCCGACCAUCGUGAUAAAAACAGGGGCCAACAACGCCGGAGAGCGCCUGCAGAGCAAGCUGCAGAGGAUCGACUCUCAGCUGGCCAAGCUGUGCGAUUUGAACAACGAGGUGGAUGCCGCCAUGAUGACAGACUAGUCUGAAAUCAGCGAGCUUGAAUCGUCAUAAUUCUGCUGCCCUCUUCUAACAGGAUUUAGAUUUUAUGCAUUAAUUUUAGCAGAAUAGAGGUCUGUCUGCAUCCACCCAAGUGACCCAUUGGCAAGCCCCGCCGUCCUUGCUUAUUGUUACUAGGUUUGAUUAAAUCUCUCGGCCCCUUCCUUCUGAAACGAUGGAAAAUACUUCAUGAAUUGACUAAAUCUUACUGAUAUUAAAUUGAUUAUAUUCUUCUCUUAAUUGGCCUGAAAUGACCAUCAGGGAUUAAGACGUGCAUUAUGAAUGAGUGAAUAAAAAAGAACCAGAAUAGAUUUUGAUUAUCAGGACCCCUGGCUCCAACAGUACGGCCCCUCUAAGAGCCCCCAAACGUCUUCGUAGCAGUCUCAUGAUGGCACGGUAGAUCCCCAAAGAGGGACCGAAACAACGAACUGGUAGAUUACUGUGUGUGAAAUGGAUCAGUAAAUCCGGAGUCAGAGGAGCAGAUGUGUCCCCACUAGUGAGCAUCUGUUUUUGUUUUUCUAAGGUUCACCUGGGCUACAGACGCUCAGAUAUUUAGAUGAGCUGAGUUUAUUAAUGUUAUUAUUAUUAUCUGACUUUUAUUUUUAUAUACAAGUGAUAUUGAGGCCAGGAUAAUCAAAUAGGAUUAUUCAGUGAUGCUGGAACAUCCACAUCAAAUACAUUUAAAAAAUAUUUAACAUUCAGAAAAACAAGUAAUAUUCAAACAUAACUGAGUAACAUAUAAACAUGAAUAUAAAAAUGAUUAUUAUGACUCAAUAGAAAUAUAUUAAGCAUAUUAUUAAGUGCGGGUGAUGUGCUCUUCUUGCAGAAAUAUAAAAAGAAACAUUCCUGACAGAACCAAUAAAUAUAAAAGCACAUGGCAUGCUGCUCUAUAAUCAUUUAAACAUGAUUAAUCCAGUUGAUAAUUGAAUAUAAAUUAAAUGCCCAGGUAUUAUUUAGACCAGUGUUUCUCAACAUUGGGGUCUGGACUCCCAUGGGGCAGUGAGACACUGAGAGGGGGUCUCCACAUGUCCUAAAAAUUACUAAGAAUGUUUUUCAAAUUACACUGUUGCCACUGUACACCAAUAUUGCCAAACUUUAACCCGUUUUAAUCACUUACCACUCCUUUUUUGCCAAUUUUUAACACAUUUUUGGAUUUUUUUUCUGCCUGUUUAUGCCACUUCUGAACCAAUUCUUUCCAUUCCACAUCUAAGGUUGCCUCUGUUGACCCAUUAUCGCCUCUGGAAACACUUUUUUACUAGAUUUUAUGCUCAUUUUUGCCCAUUUUAACCACUUUUCACUGUUUGACAUGGUCAUUUUUUGUCUCCACAUGACUAUUCUUGAUUGUGCAUGGCGGUGUUCGACCACCCUCAGGAACAGCGGGGGUCCCCGGUUUGUGGCACCUUUAUUUUCGAGGUCACAGCCUGAAAAGUUUGAGAGCUACUGAUUUAGACUACCGGCAGGAUGCAAUGAUUAGGGUAGUCAGAAAUAAUGUGCAGUUAUUUUUUUCAGCAGUCAGUCCAUUUGUUGAUGACUGGGUUUGAUUCCAGUCAGAGUUUUUCUCGGGUUGGCUGCAGCUUUAUCAAAAAUGCUUCCUGUUGUUAAAUCCUAAGAAGGUGUUUUACAUAAAUAUUCGGUUUAGGGAACAGGAUAAAAAAUACUCACAGUUAUGCACUGAAAAGACUUUUUCAGUCUAGCCUGAUGUAGCAACGGUUGCACUGGGAGUUGGUGAGCAAACAAAGGGUCCAUUGUUACAGCGUACCUUUUUUUGUUGUCUUCCUUAAACGGACCAAAAGGUUUAAACCUGAUUUGCCAUACUGCUCGAAACGAUCUGCACUUGUAUUUACAUUUGGUUUAAAGUUACAUGGAAUAUGUAAUGCAGCAUGCUUAUUGUAAGAGAAUAUAAUGUUAUGUAAUGUAAUUCCAGUGUGAAGAAGUCUAUGCACUGUCAGUAACUGUGUGUUUGAAAUCACAUUUAUUCCUCUGGUGAGCGAGGAUUAACAAAACGUUUUUGUAUCAGCAUUGCUGCACGGAUGUGGCUGUUUCUGGAGUCUGAAUCUUUGUGUGAGUGACUAAACAGAGAACAUGCAUGAUGAUGAAAAAGUACCAAACAAUAAAACUCUGAUUAACCCUUUAAAACUGAAAAGCCUACCAUUCAUCUACCUCUUCUGUGUGAGGCUGCUCCUGCUUUUUCAGAGUUUCAUGUUCUGUGCUAAUUUAUUUUAAUUUAAAGGUUAGGAAGAGAGGAAUGGGGAGCUGCAGCUCAUAUUUGUCUGUGCUUUUUUUGUACAUAAAGAAAUGUCUGAAAGUGAAGGUAGAUCACGUCUGGCUGCUUUAAAUAAACCUCAUAAAUCCAA